AUGGAAAAGUUGGAGUUAAUUCGUAACGGAAAAGUUGGAGUUAAUUCGUUUAUAGUUGCAGGAAACAGAAAAGUUGGAGAUAAUUCGUUUAUAGUUGCAAGAAACGGAAAAAUUAGAGUUAAUUCGUUUAUAGUUGCAGGAAAUGGAAAAGCCUGCUAUGAUUCUGUCUAUAUAUCAAAUGCAACUAUGUUGAAAAGAAAUGGAAAAGUUGGAGUUAAUUCGUUUAUAGUUGCAAGAAACGGAAAAGUUGGAGUUAAUUCGUUUAUAGUUGCAGGAAAUGGAAAAGUUGGAGUUAAUUCGUUUAUAGUUGCAAGAAAUGGAAAAGUUGGAGUUAAUUCGUUUAUAGUUGCAAGAAACGAAAAAGUUGGAGUUAAUUCGUUUAUAGUUGCAGGAAACGGAAAAGUUGGAGUUAAUUCGUUUAUAGUUGCAGGAAAUGGAAAAGUUGGAGUUAAUUCGUUUAUAGUUGCAGGAAAUGGAAAAGUUGGAGUUAAUUCGUUUAUAGUUGCAGGAAAUGGAAAAGUUGGACUUAAUUCGUUUAUAGUUGUAGGAAAUGGAAAAGUUGGAGUUAAUUCGUUUAUAGUUGCAGGAAAUGGAAAAGUUGGACUUAAUUCGUUUAUAAGUGCAGGAAAUGGAAAAGUUGGAGUUAAUUCGUUUAUAGUUGCAGGAAACGGAAAAGUUGGAGUUAAUUCGUUUAUAGUUGCAGGAAACGGAAAAGUUGGAGAUAAUUCGUUUAUAGUGGCAGGAAACAGAAAAGUUGGAGUUAAUUCGUUUAUAGUUGCAGGAAAUGGAAAAGUUGGAGUUAAUUUGUUUAUAGUUGCAGGAAACGGAAAAGUUGGAGUUAAUUCGUUUAUAGUUGCAGGAAACGGAAAAGUUGGAGUUAAUUCGUUUAUAGUUGUAGGAAACGGAAAAGAUGGAGUUAAUUCGUUUAUAGUUGCAGGAAAUGGAAAAGUUGGAGUUAAUUCGUUUAUAGUUGCAGAAAAUGGAAAAGUUGGAGUUAAUUCGUUUAUAGUUGUAGGAAAUGGAAAAGUUGGAGUUAAUUUGUUUAUAGUUGCAGGAAAUGUAAAAUUUGGAGUUAAUUCGUUUAUAGUUGCAGGAAAUGGAGAAGUUAGGGUUAAUUCGUUUAUAGUUGCAGGAAAUGGAAAAGUUGGAGUUAAUUCGUUUAUAGUUGAAGAUGUGUAA